AUGAAGGUAUAUUUAAAGCAGCAGGAAGAACAAUUCUCGUUGUCGGCCAUACUAUGCCUAACGCACCAGAUCCCAUCCGAACUCUGAAGUUAAGCGGCAUAAGGCGAGGUUAGUACUUGGGUGGGGGACCGCCAGGGAAGCCCUUGUGCUGACAGCUAAACUUUUAUUUUCAUGUCAAAUAAGCUUAUUAUCAUACAAUUUUUACAAAUAUUUUAUUAUAAGAGAAUAGUAACCUAG